AUGUCAAUCACAAGCGAUAAACCCCCACGGUUUUCAAGUUUUGACAGGAAAGUGGGCAAGCUCGGUCAAGGAAUCAGCGGAACAGUGCAUUUAUACAAAUCUAGGUCGGGGUUCCAAUACGCUGUGAAAAUAUACCACGACAGAGAAAAAUCCGAAACCAGGGCUCAAUUUGAGGCGAGGGUCAGCGAAGAGUACAAGAUCCUUGCCCGGUUGGAUCAUCCAAACAUCAUUUCAGUUUUCAAAACCAAAAAAACGAACACUCCAUUUUUGGGUGGUGGUAGUGAGUUUAGACUCUACAUGGAGGCGGGAAGUCCUAAUCUAGCCCAGUUGAUGAGAUCGUCCAGCGCCGCUCAUGAACCGAAUGAAAUGUUGUGUUUAUGGAAACAAGUGUUUGAGGCAGUAAGAUAUCUCCAUGCAAAUAACAUGUGUCAUCGCGAUUUGAAAUUGGAAAAUCUCGUUUUCGAUGCAAACUACCUGUUUUUGAAAGUGAUUGACUUUAUCGUGCUUAGACAGACAGAUGUCCCCUGUGUGGGUCUCGUUGGCUCGCCAAAGUAUGCUGCCCCGGAGACUUUUUCCUCGAUAACUUACCAAGGCAAACCCGUUGAUAUCUGGUCUAUUGGCGUAAUAUGGUAUUAUUUUGAAAACCUGAGUUUUCCUUGGAAAAGUGCCACUCACACUGAUGCAAAGUAUAAAGCCUAUUGUGCUGAGCAAGGUGAACUACUUACAGCAACGGGAAAUUCGGAGCUAGUACAGUCAUUUUUACAAGUUAACCCUCAAGCUCGACCGACGGUGGAACAAUUGCAGGACCACUUGCAGAUAAAGAGCAUCAAGUGUUGCAGCCGUAAAGAGUCAUGCGGUUACAAUCAUCGACUCACCUUUAGCAAGCAAAGUUGACCUCUUUCUUCAACAAAGAAAGAAAGGAACCACUGCUGAUGGGUUCAUCGGUUCAAGGCUUGACUUCUUCUGUUUGACUUCUUCAAGUGCGGUUAAAUCACGUGACAGGCUCCCCGUUGCUCCCUCCAUUUUUUUUUCAUUUUCUCUUUAUUUAUGACUUAUCGAAUUUUUCACGAUAUACAAAUUUCUCCAAAUUCUGUAGAUUUCAUUUCAAACAGUCAAGGAAAGAUGCUCUCGACCACGAUUCGCUCAUUGAGGGCCCAAUCUAGAAGAUUAGCCGCUGCUAGAUCCUACGCGGUGUCGCCAACUGCCCAGGCCUUGGUGUCCAAGUCUGUUCAGGAGAUUGACCCCGAGAUGGCAGAUAUCUUGAACCAAGAGAGAAUCAGACAAAAGAACUCAAUCACUUUGAUCCCCUCGGAGAAUUUUACUUCCAAGGCAGUUAUGGACUUGUUGGGGUCGGAAAUGCAAAACAAGUACUCCGAAGGUUACCCCGGCGAGAGAUACUACGGAGGAAACGAGAUUAUUGACAAGGCAGAAUCAUUAUGCCAAAAGAGGGCUUUGGAGGCAUUUGGGUUGGACCCAAAUGAAUGGGGGGUCAAUGUGCAGCCGUUAUCUGGAGCACCGGCCAACUUGUACGCCUAUUCUGCCAUUUUGGAAGUUGGCGACAGAAUCAUGGGAUUAGACUUGCCCCACGGAGGCCAUUUGUCUCACGGCUACCAAACAAACACCGCCAAGAUUUCAUUUAUUUCCAAAUAUUUCCAAACCAUGCCCUACAGGCUUAACGAGGAGACCGGGAUUAUCGAUUAUGACACCUUGGAGCAAAAUGCGCAGCUUUUCAGGCCAAAAGUCAUUGUUGCUGGCGCUUCUGCUUAUUCCAGAGUCAUUGACUACAAGAGAAUGAAGCAAAUCGCCGACAAGGUUGGCGCUUAUUUGAUGUCGGAUAUGGCGCACAUCUCCGGGUUGGUUUCUGCUGGUGUCACCGACUCGCCAUUCCCCUAUUCGGACAUCGUCACCACCACCACGCACAAAUCCUUGAGAGGACCACGAGGAUCGAUGAUUUUCUUUAGAAAAGGAAUCAGAAAAGUCACCAAAAAGGGCAAAGAGAUCCCUUAUGAAUUGGAGAGGAAAAUCAAUUUUUCAGUCUUCCCUGGCCACCAAGGCGGGCCCCACAACCACACCAUAUCUGCACUUGCCGUGGCUUUGAAACAGUGCCAGGAGCCAGAGUACAAGACCUACCAAGAAGAAGUCAUUGCCAACGCUAAACACUUUGCCACUGCCUUAGAGUCAAAGGGCUUCAAGUUGGUCUCUGGAGGCACCGACACCCAUUUGAUCUUGGUCGACUUGAGAUCAAGAAACAUCGACGGUGCGCGUGUCGAGGCCGUCUUGGAAAGAGCAAACAUCGCCGCCAACAAAAACACCGUCCCCGGCGACACCAGCGCUCUUUUCCCCUCCGGGUUGAGAGUGGGAACCCCUGCGAUGACCACAAGAGGCUUUGGAUUUGACGAAUUCUCCAAAGUUACCGAUUUCAUCGAUGAAGCCGUGGCCAUUGCCAUUGAGUUGAAAAAGCAAGAGCAAGGCAAGAUCCCAAAGGAGCUCUUGGCCUCUUUCAAGCAGCUUGCUGACAACAGCGACAAAGUGAAAGACCUCGGUAAGAGAGUCGCCGAGUGGACCAGCACAUACCCCGUUCCAGGUGAUCUAUAG